UGUCUGCCCCGCCCCCAGGACAAACUUAACGAUCAAUGCCGACCCCCCAUCACGUGACUCCAGGAGCUGGGGCUUACACCGGCACGGAGCUGCGCAGACGGCACUAGGACCCGGGGUUCCCCCUUCGGAAGGGGUGGGGGGAACCCCGACUCCCGGGUUCUAUGACGCGUACACAAACCCCGCCCCUACCCCCGCCCAUUGGCUGCGGCUGCGCCCUUCGCGGGAGCUGACUGGUCCCUUGCAAAGCACAGGCUCCCAGUGAUUGGCCCCCCUCCGCCACGCCCAUUGGAAGGAGGGGACGUCGGCGCGGGACCCCCGCGGUGAGGCCGGAUCCUGCCCGAUGGAGGUGCUGAGCCCCCGCGUCCCAGGUCUGGACCCCUUCCGCGUCCAGGAGGCACCCCCCGCGGCCUAUUACGUCCCAGACUUCAUCUCCGAGGCCGAGGAGGCCCGGCUUUUGCAGCAGGUGUACGCAGCCCCCAAGCCCAAGUGGACCCAGCUCUCUGGAAGGAGGCUGCAGAAUUGGGGGGGGCUGCCCCAUCCCAAGGGCCUGGUCCCAGAGCCGCUGCCCCCCUGGCUGCAGUACUGGGUUGAAGAGGUCUCGGCCCUGGGUGUUUUCGGAGGGCAGGCGGCCAAUCACGUCCUGGUGAACGAAUACUGCCCUGGGCAAGGCAUCAUGCCGCAUGAGGACGGCCCCCUGUACUUCCCCACCGUCACCACCGUCAGCCUGGGGUCCCCCACGCUGCUGGAUUUCUACCGCCCGGUGUGCACCGAGGUCCCGGGGGACGAGCCGCAGGUCCCGGCGGCCCAGACGGAAGAGCAGCGCCACGUCCUGUCCCUGCUGCUGGAGCCCCGCAGCCUGCUGGUGCUGCGGGAGGAGCUGUACAGCCGGUACCUGCACGGGAUCCGGGCAGCCACCUCCGACGCCCUCACCGCGAAGGUGACCAAUCUCUCCGCCUGCCGCGCGGUGCCCGGCGCCCUGCUGCCCCGGGGCACCCGGGUCUCCCUCACCAUCCGCCGCGUCCCCAAGGUGCUCCGAGCAGCCCUGAUGCUGGGCAGGAGGAAAUGAGAGGGCGCUUCCUUCGGGGUGGGCUGUGACCCGCCGCGCGGAGCAGCCCCGAAGCCGAGGGCGGCGGUGACCCCAAGUGGGACGGGGAUGGAUUCUGCUCCGGGAGCCGGAUGCCUGGGUUCUGUCCCCGGCUUUGAGGAGACAGUUGGGUUCAGUGGUUGGAGCAGGAGGCACUCCUGGCUUCUCUUGCCAGCUCUAGGAAGGAGACAGUAUUAGAGCAGGGGCCUGUGACGCCAGAGCUCCUGGCUUGUGCACCCCUCCUGCCCGUGAGCUUCGGGUGAGACCCACCUGCAUCUGGUGCCGCAGUUUCUCCUGGUGUACAAUGGGCCCCUCCAGCUCCACGGCAUGCCUCUGUGUUCAUCUUGAUACACAGAGCGGGAAUAAAGCUCCUUGCUGCA